AUGAGGCAUCGAGUCGCUCCGCCUCGUCACCCGGCUUGCGCGACUCCGUGCGGAGUGCGCUCCUGCCGCCUUGCGACCUGCUGCCCUGCCCUGCCCUGCCCCUGCCCUUCCGAAAAACACCCCAAGAGCACAACCACACCGUCUACAUGCCUCCCCCAUCUCCCCAAGCUCCCUCCUUCGAGCGCACGCUUUGCUCUUCGCGGAAAUGAACUAAAAAAGGUGCGUGACAAGAAGAGCACACCGCAGUUUUGUGGUAACUUGGUGCAGGCCAUUGCCGUGCUCGUUGCACGUGGUGACGGCGAGAAGGAAACCUUCAGUUGUUCAGACGUCAGUGAUGCAUAUGCGGGUGUUGGCCAGCUUGUUUGUGUCAAUUCACGCCUGCAUGCAGCAACAUCAUCGUGCUCAUGCGAUUCAUCGACGUGUUCAGGGAUGGCUUGCGAGACGUCCACACGCGCGUUGGUGGAGAAAGAGGGCGUUGUCAAUGUUUACGGACCAGUCCAGCGGAUGGCAAGUGACGAUGCAGCGACUUUGGCGUGCAGCGAGGUUGCUCCAGGGUAUUCUGGUAGCGCUGUUGGCAUUUGCCAAAACGGCGUGUUCAGUGUCACCACCGACAACUGCCAGCCCUUGCCUUGCACAACGGCGACAGAGACGGAAGUGCAGGUGGGCGAGAUCCUUGUCAACGUCACGCCGACUUCCGAAAUCUCCAGCGGCGGUGGUUGGGCAAUGUCCUGCGGUGAGAUCAACAUCAAGUACGAAGGCUCCGUUGCUUUCAGCUGCUUCCUCGGUUCGGUCACGGCCGAUGCGUCCGGCUGCGGCCCAGCCGCUUGCAACGACUCGCAGAGGUCGACUGUGCUCUCGAAUGGUGACAGUUCGAGCAUCCUGCUCACUGCCUCUGCCCUGGGUGCUGGUGCAGACCGCACGCCUCACAGCUUCGCCAACGAGUCGGUGAGCUGCAAGGCCCUCAAUACCACUCUUGCCGGCAUUGCAAGUGCAUCUUGCAGCAUGGGGGUUUAUACAGCAGAUGCUACGAGCUGCGGACCAGGAGGCUGCCCAGCUUCCGCCAUUUCUGUGCAAAUGGGCACGAGGGCUGUGUCCAUCUCUACGGAUGAAUCUAUGGACAGCGGCGCCUCCACGACAAGGCCCUGCUCAACCGUCAUGGCUGGAUGGACGGGCGACUUCCGGGUACAGUGCUCUUACACUCAGCUCUUCUCCGAUGCCUCCGGCUGCCGUCCAGGUGUUUGCACCGCAGGUCAGGUCGCGACCGUCGUUCUCGGCACUUCCGUCGUCGAAGUGGAGAUGGCAUCCGCCAUGGCCA